ACAAUGAGUUCAACACAACAGGACCAACAUGGAGCGAGAAGUCAGCGCUCUCAGGAGGCUGACAAACCUCACAGAAGGAAGGGAGGAAAAAAAUACACCUGUGAUCAGUGUGGGAAGGAUUUUACUACAAAGACUUUAUUAAAAAGACAUCAAGUGAGCCACACUGGAGAGAGGCCGUACAGCUGUGACUUGUGUGGAAAGUCUUUUACCCAGGCUGGACACUUAAAAGCACACCAGGUCAUCCACAGUGGAGAGAAACCGUACAGCUGUGAUCAAUGUGGCAGAGCUUUUAAUCGAAGUAGCAACUUACAGAUGCAUCAAGUCACCCACUCUGGAAUUAAGGCAUACAGCUGUGACUAUUGUGGAAAGACUUUUACCAUGGCUGGAAGCUUAAAAACACACCAACUCAUCCACAGUGGAGAGAAGCCGUACAGCUGUGAUCAGUGUGGCAGAGCUUUUUCGCGUAGUAAUACCUUACGACGGCAUCAAGUUACCCACUCUGGAAUUAAGGCAUACAGCUGUGACUUGUGUGGAAAGACUUUUACCAUGGCUGGAAGCUUAAAAACACACCAACUCAUCCACAGUGGAGAGAAGCCGUACAGCUGUGAUCAGUGUGGCAGAGCUUUUUCGCGUAGUAAUACCUUACGACGGCAUCAAGUUACCCACUCUGGAAUUAAGGCAUACAGCUGUGACUAUUGUGGAAAAACUUUCAGUCGCAUAGAGAACAGAAAUACACACCUACGCAUUCACACUGGACACGAUGUGUUCUGCUGUGAUCAGUGUGGCAAAAAUACCUGA